GGAUCCAGGAUGCUUUGGGGCGGAUGGGGAGAGGGGCAGAGAGUGAGAGGCAGAGGUAGAGAGGGUGAGUCUCUAUCGUAAGGGGACACAGGAACCACAGAUCCUUCCUCUCCUUGCGUUUCACCUUUGAGAACUAAGUGUGGAAAAGGGGCGAAAGAAAAAAAAAGGAUAUGAAAAGAACAUGAAAGAAAGAAAUCGUCAUUAAACGCACUACGAAGUUCUCUCUUUCCCUCUCUUCCUCCAUCUUGCACCUCUCUAAAUUUCAUCUUAAAUCCACUCCAAUUUCCCCGAGGGACUCAAUUCUCUCUUUUCCUCAGUGAGAGACAGAAGGAGAGGGGUCCAUUCCUCCUGGUCGAGUGACUCCAGGAAUUUCCUUUUUCUCUCUGCUUCGCUCCCUCGCUCCCCACGCACCCUCCCCUCCACCAUGACACUGCUGGCCUCCGAGAGGUCGCUUCUCAUCCGGAACAAGUUCCGCUCAGUCCUGCAGUUGAGGAUUCAGAACCGAAGGCAGAGUGAAAUCAACGCAGACCUCGGGUUGAAAUCUACCACACCACCUCAAAAAGCAGAGAAGGACCAGAGUGAAGCUCUGCGUCUCACCAACAAUGGUGCCACUCAGAAGUUGCCCCCUAGUGGUCUGAACGCUGAAACUGCACAAGAGAGGAGCGUGUGUGGGGCCCAGAGGCAAAAGAAGGCUCGCCAGGUGCAGGACCUCGCUGAGAGGAUUCAGUGUCUGCCUGGACCCGUGGAGCAACAGCACGAACACACACUGCCCCUGGAGAACCGUCCUGCCUCCUUCCCCCUGUCCGCUGAUGUCUUCGAAGAUGACAUCUCUUCCUGCUGCUCCUCCUCGCCCACCGAGCAACAUGGCGUUCACCAAUCACCGGCCUAUUCUUCUUUGCCGGGGCUCUCAGGUGACCAAUUACUGAGUGACUUCUCAGAUGUGGGCCCGCCCCUUAGCCACAGCCCCGCCCACGCUCAGUCUGGUUUUGCGUUGCUCCCGGCAACCGAGGGCAUCAGACAACCUAUGACCAUAACGCUGGGUGAAUCAAACUCCAUGGCAACAACUGGGAGACCAAACGGGAUGUUUCUGACCUCUCAGACCACACCCCUGCUGCCAAAGGCAGCUCAGCCUCUCAGCCCUACUUGCUCCUCUGCCUUGCCAUCCUCCUUAAACUUCAACAACCUCCCCCGCCCUCGAAAACCAAGGGACAAUAAACCCAAGAUGAAGAAACUCAAGUAUCACCAGUACAUUCCUCCAGAUCAGAGAGGAGGUUCUGGGACUGCAGGGGGAGGAGCCAAACAGAAGAUCCCUACCUCUACGACGUCUUUAGACCCAGCGUAUUCCCAUCUACUGAAGCAGCAGCAGGUCUUCCUCCAGCUUCAAAUCCUCCAGAACCAGCAGCAGCAACACCAGCAGCAUCUACAGCUACAACCACAACAACAGGUCUCUGUGGUAACCAGCAGAGAUCACAGGGAUCUUGUGAAGUCUUCUGGAGCCGUGCCUCUGAACCCCCAACCUGUUCCUGCUACAACAUACCACACCCCGAUGGACGCAAACCCAACGUCCAAAUCUGAGCCUCUGCCUGCAAAUCUUGUUGAUCUAACAGUGUCAGAGUUGCGGCAGCAGCUGCGUAAGCGUGGCCUCCCUGUCUCCGGUACCAAGCCUGCCCUGUUGCAGCGUCUACUUCCCUUCCAGCUUCCUCACACUUGCCCCACCCCUGCAGCCCUCUGCCAACUGGGCACCAGCCUGGAGCCCCUCACCACCUGCCCUCCGCUGCCACCCAGCCAGAGCCCUGGCUCGACCUCCAGCUCUGGACAGGACUCGCCCAGCAGCAGCCCGAACCAAAAGCUCUACAUCCAGGACAGAGGAAUUCCUAAUGGAAUUCUUAGUGAGGAUCCAAAUGGAACUCUUAACGCCCUCCCAAACAGAUUCCCAAAUGCUGCGUGUGUCAGUUUGGCAGGUGAACAGAGCGGACUUACCAACGCUGUCCUCAUGGCCCCUGCCAGCACUGCCUCAGGAACUCCCAGUCCCAGUCUGCCCAUGUCGUCCUCUUCGCCCCUGCAGUGUGGGGCUACCUGGAGAACUGACAGCGAGCAGCAGCAGCAGCAGCAGCAGGAGCUGAGUGUGGAGCUGGAGAUGAGGGAGAGGAUAAGGAGCAGGCCUCGGGAUCGCUCCUCUAGCUCUGGAAAUGAGUCUCGUGAAGGAUCCCUUCAUCCAUUUCUGCAACAGGAUCCAGGAUGCUCUCGGGGGAAACCAGAAACAGAUGCACAAACGGAGGUGUUGCUUACACAGGUCUUUUGCUUUCAACCAUGUGAUACGAUUGGCCAGGACUUUGAGCUGCCGGUGCAGAUUACAGCAAGUCCUGUGCAGACCUUGCCUGGUGUUCGCAGUUUGGAGGAAGAACUACAGGAAGCUAUCCAGAAAGCACAGAUGGACCCUCGGCAGUCCAUAGAUGACAUUCUGGAUGAGCCUAUUACUUGCGAUGGCUCUGUCAAUGUCUCUGAUCUUAAAUCUCCUGCCCACUCAGCCCCCGGUUCAUCUCCUCCUCCUCAAGUUGAUCAGUCGCAGGCCUCCCAGCAGCACACCAGGGACGACAACUUCCUGCCCUCGCCACUUUGCUCUUCUCUCUUGCUGGAGCUUCCUCCAUCUCCUGUGGUAAUAAACCCCAGCCAGGUAGUCCCUGCUCCUCCCCCACCUCCCAUCUGUACCUCCCCUCUGCCGUCCACUGGGAAGUCAAGGAAACGACGGGCUACGACACUAUUUGAUGCUGCUGACUGGCUUGAAACGCUAACGUCUGGCCUCCGCCCUCUGACUCCACCGACAGCUCCCUUUGUUGAGUCGGACUUCAGUCUAGAUUCAGAUUUGAAUGUCAAUCGAGUGUUGGAUCUGAUGAUAGAGCAGUGGUGAGGAUUUGUCUGCACAUAUGUGUUUGUACCUCCUUUGUCUGUACUGUAGGUGAGCAUUGUAAUUUUUGAUGGUUAUGAAUGGGGUAAAGUGUAUGCGUCCCACUGAGGGCACAAGAUUGUGAAUAGAGGCCACCAUCCGUCCAUCCAUCCAUCACUCAUGGGCUGUCAGUGUCACUGACUCCACGCAAUGUCGGGAGCAGGAUUCAUGGCAGCGAUCAGAUCAAACAAAGCUUUGACGGGACAGCGAGAGCACAAACACAUGCACACACAUAGACACUGCAGGGCGCUGUUUAAAAGCAGUUGGGUUCAGCCAGAAAAGGCAAACAAGCAACACAUCUGUGGAUUGACACACUCCACAGCACAAUGUUUGCGCUGCGGAACAAAAGAAAACCUGGUUGCAUAGUAAUUUUAACAUGCUUCCUGGCUGCAUUGGGAGAAUGUUGUUUCUGAUUUAUCUCCAAAAAACCGUUGUUGGACUGGGUUGAGUGUGGCCCCUGGUGUUGAUUCAGUCAUUGAGUCCUAGCCAUUCAUAAAGCCCAUUUAGAGUGUGUAAAAGCCAGACAGAGGACACAGCUUGUGUGUGGCUCCAGAUCUUAACCCUGGUGCCAGACACACAGUCGGCAUGCAGAGAGAGAAAGCUGGCAGAAGCCACAAACAAGCACUGUGUUUGUGUGUGUGUGUGUGUGUGUGUGUGUGUGUGCGCGUUUGUGUAAACAUGCAAGUUUGUGUGUGUGUAUGUUCGUAAGUAUGCGUGUGGUCAAUAUGUCUGACUAUGUGUGACUGUGCACACAAGACUGCUUUUGUUUGUGUGUCAAAGCACAAAUGCUUCCAUUUAUAUUCAUCAGCAUUAAUGCCAUGUUGCACUUGUAGCUAUUUGUAUGAUCACAUUUAGCUGUGUGUGUGUCGUAUGAUUGAUCUGUGAGAGGAUACGUGUGAAAGACACAGAAACGACGUGGAGGAUUUCUGUGUCCAGACAUUUCAGACCAGACAUUUCAUUGUAGUCUCUUUGACAGCGGGCGGUAACUCUAGCGUAGUUAUCCAGAGAAAUCAUCAGAAUAACAACGUCACCCUGAUCAAGGGUGAACGUGGAACGUUCCACAUCACUUUGUAUAAACAGGUUGUCAUUUUGUUCCCUGAUUAACCCUCGACAGUGUCUGGCCCCGCUCGGCAACGCUUACAAUGCUACUUGAAAAGCCAAAUUUAGCACAAUUUAUGACCCAACCCCAAGGCCACAUGUUUUCACUUUGUGUAAAUUAAUUCCACAAAUGUAUUAUUUGACAUUGUACAAUCUGUGCUGUACAUUUCAAUAUACAACAUGACCAUUGAGAAAAUGCACUGUAGAUUUAGCACAAAAUAAUAUAGCUGGAGAAUAUGAAACAAGUCACAUGAGCAGAGAUGAGCAGUAAAUGCUGCACAUUUUCUUAAUGGUGACAGUGAUCUUGCUUUUAUAUUCUACAUGAUUUACUGGUCCUGCAGAAAUGGGUACAUUAUUUGUUUGCAUAAAAACGUCCGGUGAGUUAUGUCCAUUCUCCACCCCCACUUAACAUAACAACAUUAAAGGGAAAAAAAUCCAGCAGAGGUUAGCUGCCAUUAACCCCUGCUGCAUCAGAUAUAAGAUCCCAUCUACAUAAAAUUAUACUCAGUCCCUUAUUCGCAGGCUGACCUAUCAAUCAUUGUAGAGAGUUCUGAUUGGCGCAUUCAUAUCUGGAACACUGAUAUCGUUUGGUAACUAACUGGACGUCCUUCUGUAUGACCACUCUAUUUUGAGAAAUUAUGUUUUGUGAUGUGUGUAAAGGCCACAGAAAGGGGGCAGAUCUGAGGUCAGAUCUGAGGUCAUGUCAUGUUUGUUACCGGCCUGUUUCUUUUUGUCAUGAUGAACCAGUGUCUUACUAAGCAAGACAGCCCCGGUGAAUUACUAGAAGAAGAUAUCUGUCAAUAUGCAAAUCUUCAGCACUAUAUUACAGCUUUAUGUUGAAGUAAUUGUUAUACAGCUUUCACUAGACACACUAUGAAAAAAAAUGCAGUUAAAUGUGAAUGGAUGGCUUUGAUAAUCAUAGUGAUCAAUAAACAUUACCUACUGCAUAAAAAAAAGAAAAGAAAAUUGAUAGGCAGGAGAGUAAGAUGCUACCUCCUGUGACUUCCAGUGCUUUAGGGCCUACACCAGUGUUUUCCUUGUUACUCAUUUAAUUUCCAAACACUGGAGCAGCGUCUCCUGGAACACCCCUGCGACAGUUACACAGGUUUGAGUAAACCUCAGUUUAAUAUUUCUGCUUUAAACUGGGAUCGAAACUGGCCUGAUUUAUAUUGGAAACUAGUCAGAGCAGACGUCAACUGGAAACGACGGGGUGUUUGUGGUAACUGAGACUCUUUUGGCCACUUCUGCUGCUAAAAAUGCCUUAUUUUGAAAUGUGAGACAAAAUCAAAUGUGUUUGCCUUUAUUUAUUAUGUAACUUAUUCAUGCCAAAGAUUUCACUCUGUCCAAAAUGUAUUUAAAAGCGUUAAGAAAAUAAAAGUCUUAAUAGAUUUUC